CCCACGACCCACAAUCCACCUGCUGUCUCUUUGACUUGAAGUCUGUCACCUCCCCCCAUUUCCCCAGACAUUCGAACAUUUGAGACAUUUAAAGCUUGCUCCGUAGCCUCGCCCUUUACUACUUCCCCCUCCCACCCCUUAUUUACUUCGAUGAUGACCGGCUGAGAGACUACGCCGCGCUCCGCAUUUGACCCGCGCGUCCUUCCCCUCGUGACCUCAGGACCAUCGCGCUGCGCGGCUUGUACCCUGAUGGAACUUGCUGCUCGAGUAGCUGUGACGGGCGUCUCAGUGGCUCGGUCGUCUCUAUCUAUCUUGCAGCGGCUCGCGGUCUUCCUGUCCCCAACAUGACGGAGAUGUACUCGGGACUGCACGCGGGCCAGCGCUUCUCGUCCUUGGAGGAGUUCAAAACGGUCAUUCGAAGUAUAUCAGUCCGGCAGCAUUGGGAGCUUCGUGUCAUUCGAAGCAAUAAGAAGAGUGUGGUGAUUGGCUGCCGAUCUUCGGCCAAUUGCUAUUUUCGCGUUGUUUGUCGGUCAAACAAAAACGCGACUUAUAUUACCAGUCUUCAAGACAGCCAUAGUUGCCGACGAAGCGCUGAUUCGCCGGCCGCGACACCGGCACGCUCUGAAGCCUCGCACGUCCGCUUCUUGCUGAGUGAGAUCCCGAAACUCUUCGAUAUGAAGAGCAGGAUCAAAGGGCAGGAUGUGGUGGACGCCGUCAAACGCUACCACGGAUAUGACAUUUCCAUGAGACAAGCACAACGGGCAUUGACUAAGCUACAACCGCGCCAAUCUGAUAUGCAAGGAGACAAUGCUUUGGAUAUGGAUAUGAGUACGGGUGAUCAGCAUUCGCCUGGGCCGUCUCUAGCCGAGUCGCAAGGCGAAGUUGGACCAGCAUACCGAGAUCUUUCGGAGACUCGCUGGCUGCCAGACCAUCUCCCAUCCUCAUUGAUGCACGAAGCUUCUGUCAAUCCUACCGGGUCUCCAGACCCUGUAGUUGCACGAUUACCACCUCCUGCCCCAACCGCUCAUUCUGUCCGACCUCCCCAGAUUCCACAACCACCAUCCAUUGGAACACCCACUCAAUCUGUAUUGAGCAAUGAUCCCCACCCUAUAGUUCCACAGCAAGGGAUAGGAUACCAAACGAGUGCUCCUUUACCCGUCGCAGCACCAGAACACCCUAAACCGUCCGGGUAUCCCCCACGCCAUGACCAUCCUGCGGUUCCCCAGAUGAUUCUGACCAACUUCAAAAUUGAAUUUACCUGUACAACCUGCGGGUCUCUGAAUCAGAGUUUCUUCCCAAACCAGGGCAAUGUCACGGGACCUGGCUAUAUGUCUCAUCAUCCGAUGGCUGAGCAAGCUGCCGUGGCGAGGCAUUCUGGCCCUGCACCCUCGAAUGCGCCUGAUGGUAGUAACAAUGAGGUUCCAGAAGACGGCGGGUAUGCCGUCAAUGCUCUUAACGCCCGUGUCAUGCACAAUGCAUGGGCAACUGGAGGUCUAGGGGUUCCUAUUGGUCCGGCGAAUACAUAACCAUUGAACAGGAUGCUCCUACAUCGCUUCAUUUCUUAUCUUACUUUCUCCAUUAACAUUUUCUACCUUUUUCAUCUCUUAUAGAGGCCUAUGUGGCCUUGGGAUCGAUAACAGGACUACCGGUCUCUUGACGCCAUGAUCGUCAGACAUUCGCUGGAUUUUGACCGAAGGACUUUCGUUCUGGUGACAUCCGACUUUUGCUUUGUUGAUGCACCUGGAAACAGACCAGGUUUGAACCUUUAGAAACAGAUGAAACUUGAGUUUCAGUGACUGCUAUUCUUAUAUAUGGUCAUUCGGGGAAGGAUGGAUCGAUGGAUAUUCGGAUUCAUUGAUUACGAUGACGACGAGACAUGACAGCUGGAAACUGCUUACUUGCUUCUUUUUUCUAUGUGAUACCUACCAUUCAUGUGCUUUGCACUGGCUUGCCUUUGCUACUUCUUGGAUUGACUGACUAAAUCCAC